CGGGAGAGAUUCCAGAUUCACUGCUUCUGUGGACCUCACCUCUGGCUUGACUUGCGCCCCCAGCUGUCCAUCUGGAUGAGACCCAUCAUCAUGUGGUUGUAGAGAAGGAUAAGCCAAUUCUUCUCCUGUUCUGUUCAGACGCUGAAGCAGGAUGGAGAAGCUCGUCCUCGUGCUGCUCGCCGCUGCCGCCGCUCGCAGUUUGGCCGCAAAGCACGUCUUCGUCUCCACGAGGCUCUCCUGGACCGACGCUCAGGAGUUCUGCAGGAACAGCUACACCGACCUUUCACCCCUCACCAACUACCUGGAGACGCUGGUGUUCAGACAGUCGGUGAGCGAUGACCAGUCUGGAUGGGUCGGCGUGUACUGGACCACUUCCAGAUGCAGCUGGUCGGGAACGUCAGGCCUUCAACAAACUUUAAACGUUUCUCUUCUCUGGAAAUAUGAAAGGCUAUUUGUGGCGAAAAAACUUGAACUCCGAGGUUUCUUCUGCCUGAACCUGAUCGUGGUCCAGGAGGAGAAGACCUGGGAGGAGGCUCUGGAUCACUGCAGGGAGAACCACCACGACUUCACCAGCCUGAUCUCCCAGACCGAGAACCUGCUGGCCCAGAACCAGAUCCAAAACUCCACCAUCACUCAGCGGGUGUGGGUCGGUCUGCGCUUCCUGGGGGACACCUGGAUGUGGGUGAACAGCAACCCUCUGUCGUAUCAAGCCUGGACCCAAACAGGAGAUCAGGACCAGCACAGUCCGGUCUGGAAGCGCUGUGGAGCUCUGACCAAACAGGGAGAGUGGGAGAACCGAGACUGUGAGGAGAAACUCCACUUCAUCUGCGUCUGAGCGGCAGAACCACGAUAAAGAUCUGAGCUUCACAGAGAAGUUUCUAGAAGAUCUGGUCCACAUUUACUGAGUUAUGUUUUCAUUUUAAGAUUAUUAAAGUCACAUUUUGGGAUGUUGUCGUUUUUAUCUCAUCAAUCGACACUAGAAAUGAUUCUCUGAUCAGUGAUUUAGGAACAAAAUGUUCAAGAAAAAAAGAUAAAUUUGACUUUAAAUGUAUUAUAAAUCUAUAAAAAAGAGAACAUCUGUUGUACCUGAACUUGUUUAAAUGAUAAUUAAGUUUUUGUUUUUUUUUUCAUUUAAAGUUUCACAAAAAACACUUUUUAGUUAUUAAAUGAAAGUUUGUUUUAAUUUAGAGUUUCAUUAUAUUUAAUAAACUGAAACUUUGCUAUGACUGUUUCUUUACUAAUAAAUGUCUCUUUAAACGUUUGCAACAACAAUAAAUUGUUCAAAAUAU